AUGCCUGUUCGACGCGGACACGUUGCGCCUCAGAACACCUUCCUGGACACCAUCAUUCGAAAAUUCGAGGGUCAAAAUCGCAAAUUCAUUAUCGCCAAUGCACGAGUUGAAAACUGUGCCAUUAUAUUUUGCAAUGAUGGUUUUUGCGGCAUGUGCGGCUACACACGUGCAGAGGUCAUGCAGAAGCCGUGUACCUGCAGUUUUCUGUAUGGACCGCAUACUGGACGACCAGCGGUGGCCCAGAUGACCAAAGCCUUACUGGGCUCUGAAGAAAGGAAAGUGGAGAUCUCCCUAUAUAGGAAAGAUGGUGUGUGUUUGCCGUGCUUUGUGGAUGUGGUUCCAGUUAAGAAUGAGGAUGGCUUAGUCAUCAUGUUCAUCCUGAAUUUUGAGCUGGCAGAUCAGCAGGACAGACCCUUCGACAGCUCACCAGGCAGAGAGAUCAACCACAAACACACCAUCCCAUGGCUCUCUAAAGCUAAAAGACGGCGUCUCAUGCUGCCCCUGCCCUUGCUGCGCUCCCUGAGUGGCAGUAAACAGUCUGUGAAUGAAGAUUCUGAAAGAGGCCACAUGCAGCCGAUGCCCCAUAUGGGCCAUGAGUCAGUAGCCCUGGACAAACUGCUCUCCCUGCCUGAGCGCUCUGCACUGGGAGGAUCUCAGCAAUUUUUUUGGGAAGAUAAGGCACAGAAUGAGCCUGAAAGUGAGCCAAGGCCAUCAGAAGCAUCCCCUCCCCUGCCUCACGGCUUCUCUCAGUCCUCCCCUCGUCUGCACAACCUCACCUCAGAGGCAUCUCCAUCAACCUGCAGCAAGGCACACAGCCGCUCCUGCGAGAGCCUGUGUGGCAUGCGGCCCUCACCCUCCACCAGUGACUUCAACUGGGACAGGAAACUGCCCGUCAGACCCAGUAGUGCAGGUGCCAUGCACUACAAAGCCAGCUUGCAGAAUGCUACUUCCGAUUCAGAUCUCAUUCGGCUCCGGACCUCAGCUCAGGGCCCCCGAAUAUCACACACCUUAAUAGAUAUGAAGCCAGACCCCUUAAUCGCUGUUCCACCGGGUGAGAUUGACAUCAUCGCCCCCUGCAAACUGAUAGACCGGACCCAUAACGUGACAGAGAAAGUCACUCAGGUGCUGUCUCUGGGUGCAGAUGUCCUUCCUGAGUAUAAGCUCCAGGCUCCCCGAAUCCACAAAUGGACGAUUUUACACUAUAGUCCCUUCAAAGCAGUCUGGGACUGGGUCAUCUUAUUCAUUUAUCUGUCGACUGGGAGAGGGUGUGGUCUAACCUCAGUUUAA